AUGCCUCACAAAAAAAAUGGGCUGCAGCGACCGGCCCUAGGGAAACUCUCCACCGCCGUCCUCAGCGCGCACUAUGAGGAACCUGAAAAAGGCGUGCGGGAAAGAGAAGGGAGGUGUUUUGGUGACGCCCUCUUCAUGGGUCAUGCUCCUGCGCGGAGUCUUCUUUUUGCUGACGCUACGAGCCACUGCAGGGCGGAGAAGUUCAAUUUGCAGGACAAUAAUCCCGCCAACUGGGCUAGUAUUCAAACCAACCUGAAGCGUGACGUCCCGCUCCUGCAAGACCCCACCGAAACCUUUGGACAAAUGAACAGGGUCAUGCAUCAGACACUGAAAUAUGUGAAGGAAGUGGAAAGCAUCGAUUUUAGCAGCCGUGACGUGACCGAUUUCAACGGGGAGUUGAUGAAGGACCCAAGAAGAGUCUUUCUUUCAGUGUGUACUAGCGUGCUUGCAAACUUUUCCUUCAGCAGUCAGAUGGAUGUGGAGAAGCUCCUGAGCUUCCUCUCCUCUCUCUUUGAGGGUUAUGCUACAGAUAAUGCCUAUCACAACGCCCUCCACGCCGCCGACUCUGUGCAAAUGCUUUACCUCAUCCUGCGAGAAAAACCGGCGACGCUGAUCUUCACCGACAACGAAGUAAUUGUGGCUUUUUUGGCCACACUGUCUCUGAGCUUUGUGCACCCGGGGGUAUCAAACGUUUUUUUGGCCCGCAUUGAUCACCCCCUCGUUUGGGUGUAUGGGGACAUAACUACCCAGCAGUCGGCGAGUCUCACGGCGUUUCUCUACCAUUUAAACCGUGAGGAAAAUUGCUUUAUUAAGCUCUUUGCAAAUAGUGGCACUCAACCCUUUUCUCAGUUUUUGAGAGAGUUACUGUUUGAGACUGUACUGAUCACAGCCCCGCGUUUACGUGACUUGCUGCUGCACGGUCUUGAAAAGAUAGCAGCCGCAAAUGUGGUGGAACUAGAGGAUGUACCGCUGCUCUUGUCAGCUAUAAUUAUUCUGGCAGAUAACGCCUUGACUUUGCGCCCACACGCGCAGUUUUUUAAUUUAGCCGGUUGCAUGGUUACCGAGUGGCUCCGCGAAGCCUAUGAAGAGGAGCAGCGAGGGAUGGACCCCAUAAUCCCGAAUCUUCGCAAUCAGGCCCUCGACAAUGGAUUGGAAAUGGUGGUAGACUACUGCAAGGCCUGGUUGGUGCCUUUGAUCACCGCCAUUCGCGCCCUGGUGCCCCAAGACCUCUACGACAACAUGAUAGGAAACACAGAGGCAGCCACCAUGAGUGAUGUGACGGAGUUUGGGGGGCACCUGGUCUCGUGCAACGAGCGCUGGAAUGACGGCAGCGUGCCUGUUAUUGAUAUCAUCCGUCGGGUAACGAUGCAUGCCACGAGUUUGGAUCGCAAGGCCUCAAAGCGAGCCAUCCUUAAUGCAUCCGCCAACCGGACGGUCUCGAGGUUCCUGUCUCCCCUAUCUUUAUCCUUGUCUCCUAGCGAGGUCAGGACGUUUCCCGACCUCGCGAAGCGAAAGCCGAGUCAUCAAACGAGUCGGUGCGAGCACUACUUUUCCUUUCUUCGGCUUUAUGAUACCUAUGAAAAAGAGGGCCGUCCUGCCUCAGAGUUUGCGGCACAGUUGGUUUUUCUGGCACUACAACUAAAUCGUGAAUACAUUGGUAGCCACACACACGAGGGUGUGGAGGUGUGUUCUAAGAAGGACUGUGAGGAGAUUGCGAAGCUCAUUAUGGAAAAAGAAGAGGCGCCAACAACGGCGGAAGUGAUAGCCUCUCCUCUGCGGGACGGACGGCAGACGGAUGGUUUUAUCUUGCGCUUGAUGGAAAUGUAUGCCGAACGAGACAGAGACCGGGAUAGAAAUGAAGUCCCUACCUCUAAUUUCACCUUGGGACUGAGGCGUACGCUGAACUGUUGCAACCCUGUCUACGGGGGAAAUCAUACUGGAAAAAAACCCUAA